UUAGUAAGAUCAUAGACCUAGCAAACUUUGUAGCCAGCCUGGGGCAUCCGUAUGACGCAUGCUCAUUAGUACAUUGUUCGACUGUUCCCCCAGGUAAGCCUAUGGCUCUGCAUGAUCACGUUCAAGUAUCCUAUCGCAUAAUGAUACCCCAUUACUGCUUUGUAAGUCAACAUUGACUUAAGCUACAUAUUAUUUACCCUGGCUAUAAAUUGUGCUUCUGGUUCAGAGCCUAAUUAUUGCCGGUCAACCUCCAGUACCCUCCAGUGGUCUCUUUGAGACAAGUCCCCUCACAAUAGACCCAGACCGCCUGACGUUCAUCGAGUGUAUCGUCAUGAUAAGAGGGAUAAAUGAUCCGGAGAAAUGCCUUUAUGUGUUGAACUGCUGUGGACCGUGGACGGUAGACAUUCGACUCGUGGACAUUGAGUUGUGAAAAUCGUGUAGAAAAUGGGAGCAAAACUUCGGCAGCGCGAGUACGGUAAUUGGGGAGAUAUGGAAGUGAACGUGUGGGUGAACAAUCGAGAAAAGAAGGUAAAAGGACUGACAAAACGAACAACAUGCCAUGACGUCAUUACAGCACUUCUGUAUAACAAAACCAAGGCUGAUAAACUUGCAGACGAUUACAUCGAAUCUUAUGUUAUUAUUGAGCAGUGGCGAGAAUGCGAACGAGUUUUACCACGGAAUACAAAAAUUAUCAAAAUUUGGCGCGCUUGGCACAACGAGCAGACGAAUGUAAAAUUUAUUUUGAGAAAGAAAACGACUGAAAGUAUUACGAAUGACAACAAACAAACAAAACCAAAAGAAAUUCCACCAAGGAUUUCGCGAAAGAGAAGACCUGGAGAAAAGAGUUGUGGCAGGAGAGCACACAGUGUCGAACGUAGUGACCAACAAGAUAAUGUGAAAUGGCUAAAUGAACAAAAUAAUCACAGAAUAAGUCGAAGUAAUGACGAGCUUCUAGAUAGCCAAUCAUAUCGCAGCAUAUCACUUGCGGACGUCGUUGCUCCUGCUUCUGAUAAGCUUAUGGAGCUUGUGAUCGGGCAAGAAGAACAAAUACAGAAUCUGAUGGAAACUAUUCGACAGACCGAUUUAGAGAUCGAAUAUUACGAAACACAGAUGCACGUAUGCCGUAUGUACGCAAACGGAAAAGAUUAUGUGCAGGAAUCAUACUUAUCCGCGAAUGGUGACAAUGAUGUUUUAGUAUCGAACGAUAAAUACCAUGCAGUUUCCGGCGGUUGUGAAACGCAGUCACGUGAGUCGAUAGAACUACAAAAGAAGACUUUUAUAAAUCAGUGUGUUUUGGAUAUGCCUGUAACUGAUAAAGACUGCAAUGAAGUAACUCAAGGCAGGAUACUUUCGUCAGAGAAAGAGUGUGCAGAUAGUGACAAACUGGUAACGAUUUCCAAUGUUACAUAUGAACCUUCUAUUAGAAAGAGUAAAAAACACGUGACUUUUGCGAAACUUGACAGCGAAGGAAACCGAAUUUGCGCCGAUUCCAUAGAAAGUUUGAAUGAAAUUGGUAUCGAUAGAAAAACUACACAGAUAAUGCCUACAUGCUAUGAAACAAAUGAGCUGGAAAAUAGACAUUCACCAGUGGAACUUAAAAGAAAUAUAACCACGCAACCUGACGAAACAUUAAAUCGGUUAAAUUGUGUUAAACCGAACAAUAAUAUUAAAGGCAUUUUACAUGUGAAUAACAAGCAUACGAUGGCGACUCAUCAGCUAACUGAAUCAACCAUUUGGGAUCAGGCUAGUAACGAUACAGACUCAAGUUCCGAUACUGGUUUAAGUUCAAUGCAAGACUCAGAAGAUGGGGGCGCUGUUCAUUUUGCCUCUGUAACACUGGUUUAAAAAAAAAAUAUAACAUGAAAACAGAAUAUAAGCCUACCGCUAAAGAAAAUAUUUAUUUAUGUAGCUGUCUGUUUAGAUGUAUGUAUGUAUUUAUUUUAUUUUCUCGAGUCAAGUUAUAUUUUUUUAUUGAACUUGUAAUUGAGUAAAUAUACAAAUUCUGACAAAUGUUGUAAUACCAUGAUUAAUUAUUAAGAUUAGUACAGAAUUUGAAAUACCAUUUGAUAACAAUUUGAAAGAAUUAUAUUGAUAUGGCGAUUUGUAUAAAUUAAAUGAUUGUGUGAAAACGACUGAAAUAGCUCGAAAUAGUGUGACUCUUUGCCUGUCAGUUGUGUGAAUUAUUAUACAGUACGGACUAAAGCUUCCUUUUUAUAAUUGUAAUUCAUUAAAUAGUGUUAUAUCAUAGGCCCUAUAGCAGUGGAUCACAAGGUAUUAUCAAGUGCAUAGGUUGUCCAAAGUGUUCAUGUGAAAAUAAUGAUGUGUCGUAUUUAUUUUCUAUGCUUGUUGAAAAUGCAAACAUUCUAAGCUCCUGCUACUUUCAUUGGCUACAAUUAAUUAAAUAAUCUUAUUGAGCGUAAGAGAUGUUCCAAGUUUUCAUGUGGAAAUAAUGAUGUGUCGUACUUAUUUUCUAUGCUUGUUGUAAAUGUAAACAUUCUAAGCUCCUGCUACUUUCAUUGGCUACAGUUAAUUACAUAAUCUUAUUGAGCGUAUGGAUGUCCCACGUUUUCAUGAGGAAAUAAUGAUGUGUCGUACUUAUUUUCUAUGCUUGUUGAAAAUGUAAACAUUCUAAGCUCCCGCUACUUUCAUUGGCUACAAUUAAUUACAUAAUCUUAUUGAGCAUAUGAGAUGUUCCAUGUUUUCAUGUGGAAAUAAUGAUGUGCAGUAUUUAUUUUCUAUGCUUGUUGUAAAUGUAAACAUUCUAAGCUCCUGCUACUUUCAUUGGCUACAGUUAAUUACAUAAUCUUAUUGAGCGUAUGGAUGUCCCACGUUUUCAUGUGGAAAUAAUGAUGUGUCGUACUUAUUUUCUAUGCUUGUUGUAUAUGUAAACAUUCUAAGCUCCCGCUACUUCCAUUGGCUACAAUUAAUUACAUAAUCUUAUUGAGCAUAUGAGAUGUUCCAUGUUUUCAUGUAGAAAUAAUGAUGUGUCGUAUUUAUUUUCUAUGCUUGUUGUAAAUGUAAACAUUCUAAGCUCCCGCUACUUCUAUUGGCUACAAUUAAUUACAUAAUCUUAUUGAGCGUAUGGAUGUCCCAUGUGAAAAUAAUGUUGUGUCGUAAUUAUUUUCUAUGCUUGUUGAAAAUGUAAACAUUCUAGGCUCCCACUGCUGGCUACAAUUCAUUAUUAAAAUUCAAUUCAAAUGUUAUUUUUGGAUGAACAUAAAUACAAGGAAAUGUGAAAUAAUGAUGUUGUCGUAAACAUUUAUAAGCUCCCCAUUCUGCUUAUUGGUCAUAGUACGCAACACAAGCCUACAGUAUCUAAGUACAAUUUCGGCAAAACAACGACUGUUACUUUAAACAUAUACUGCCAUUAGCAAUAAAGAAUACAUAUGAAACAUUAACAUAACAACUUAUUAUUGUUUGAAAUGUAUAACCACAUAAUUUAUUAAUUCUCAAUAAUAAAAUAAAAUAAAUUAAAAAAAAUGCCAAGAUUUAAAAAUGCUUGAAAUUUAAGAUGCUUUGGAGUUAGACAUAUAUUUUUCUAGUUAUAAUUUGUAGUUGAAAGCUAUUAACCUAUAUUAUAAUCAUAAUUCCCCCCACUCCCCAGAUAAUUUUCUUACCCCACCCGCAGUUUUGCCGGAAAAAAGAGCAUUUGUAAGAUUUGCCAACAAAAUUAAUUGCUCCGAGGUCUGUCUCUCACAUUAAGCUCAUUGGCUACUUAAAAACAAAACAUUUAACAAACUUUUUACAUUUUAAUACGGUAUAUAUUGAGCAUAUAAAUGAAAAAGCACAUUAAAAGAGUUACCUAUUAUUUUUUUUAUUUAGUUACUGUGUAUCAUAAUAUCGUCAAAAUGUUAAAAUGUCUUAAUUCCGAAAUAAUAUUAAAUACCUAAUUCCUUGAUGUUAUUUGUAGUGCCCAAGUUCAAUAUGAAUAUUUUUUUUCUUGUAUUUUGCAUUUGGGAAGGCCUAUAAAUUAUCACCUCCCAUAAAUUGAUGAUUUUCAUGUUUUCAUAUUGUGCAGGAUAAUAUAUUGGCUUGUAUAGUAUAGUAACUUAUAAUUUUUAUACAUUUCCAAAGAUGGAUAAAUAAUAAAGCCUGUCGUAAUAGUUUUGUUUUAUGCCAGAAUUAAGCAUUGAUCUUAUACAGAUUUAUUGUAGACUACAAAAUUAUGCCAUCAGUCUAUUUUCCUCAAAGACGAUCUGACCUUUCAUCUUUAAGUCAAUGGCUGUACUACAUUAGGCCCUACCAUGGAGGUAUAUGGCCCUACUAAAUGAUUCUCUUAGAAAACAUGUGGUAGACAUUUAUACUGUAUUAAUUUAAGUAACUAGAGCAUUCCUGGUUUUAGCAGCCAUAUUGGCGGCCAUGUUGGAUUUUCGCAACUUCGAGUGGCCAAAUAUAUUUUUUUGGUGCGGUACAGUAUUUUUAGACCACAAAAUUGUUUUCACACAUACAAUAUUAUGGGAGUUAUGGAAAAUAUUUAGAUUCGAAGGCCAUCUUAGGGAAACAAAUUUGAUAUGAGAUUAUCAUCAAUGUUUGCUACGACGACAUUGUUAUGCAUGCAUUCAGACACGCCAUGUCAUGUACUUACUGGUAAUAAAAUCUUCAGUGAGUGAGCUUACCGCUCGUUAAAUCCGUACAAAUGAAUGAUAAAUAUCAAUAAGAGUCGAAGAUCAAGGGAAGACAAAUCUACCGAUGGUAUUUCAGUUAGGCUCAUAAUACAACACAUACUUGAUGUUUCAUUGUAGACCUAUAUUUUUAACAUUUAAAAAAUGUGCUGUAUGAAAGUUUAUACUGUUCUUGUAUAUUAAACAUCUUGUAAUAUGCAACUGUACUGCUGGAUGUGUGAUGAAAUAAAUAAAUAAAAAUAACUAAAAUGAUAGUAACUAUCGUUUAAAUAA